UAGGAAGAAUGGAGCCCAUGUGCCCCUCAACGAAGGUUGAAAACUGCAGCGUGGGUUUAGCAUUUUCCUUCUUCUUUAUGGGAACUAGGGUUUUUAUUACUGUUCAAAAACCCAGAAAAAUGGAGUCUGGACCUUUCGCAAUUGGCUGUGUAAAUUGAUCAAUAAAAAGAAGAAGAAGAAGAAGAAGAAGAAGAAGAAGCUAUGGCGGGUGGCCGAUCUAAUGAAGCAAGGGCGCAAACCCAUGUGCCCAUUGAAAUAGAGAUUGAGAUCUUAUCAAGACUGCCCGUGAAAUCUCUCCUCCGAUUCAAAUCCGUGUGCAAAGCCUGGUACGCUCUCAUCAAAAGCCCUGAUUUCAUUUCCCAACACCUAACCCAGUCCACACUCAACCCCUCUCUCCUUGUAUCCACUGUCGGCCCUCAUUACUACCCGUCCUUACUGCACUCGAACUAUCCAUUUGAUGAACACACAAAUCUUCGUUUCCCUUUCUUGACUAACUGGAGAGAUAUCCACAUUGUGGGUAAUUGUAAUGGCUUAUUUUGUUUUUACUACAAGGAAUAUUGUCCUCUGAUUCUUUGCAACCCCGCGACCAGAGACUUUCGCAAAAUUCCCAAUGAUGUAUGGUGGCAUAUUUCGAAUGUUGCUUUUGGGUUUGGUUUACAUCCCAGUGCUAAUGAUUACGAGUUGAUUAGGAUUUUGACUUGGGAGUGUUUUAACCCUGCCGGGAAAUUCUUUGUCCAAGUAGACAUUUACGAAAUGGGCAGUGAUAACUGGAGACGAAUUGAAGAUACGAUGCCUUCCUUUUCCGGUGAGGAGUGUGAUGAUGCUGUGGAAUUCUAUGAGAUUUAGAUUGUGGAUUAUGAGAUUUGUGGAUCCUCUGCUUCAGCCUUUCUCAAUGGAGUUUUCUAUUGGGUGGCAAGUGUUUUAGUAAGCGGUGAAGUUAUUGUUGUGUCGUUCAACAUGGGUGAUGAGGUUUUCGAGAUAAUAAGACCACCACAUUGUUUGGAUGGGGUUCAGGUUCGGGGUGAAUUUCCAUCCAACCAAUUUAGGCAGCUAAAGGAUAAACUCUGUAUGAUUGAUUAUCAUGACAAGAGAUGCCUUGAUGUGUGGGUGUUGGAUGAAAAUGAGAGGACGUGGACUAACCAAUUCAAAAUUGGAUCUUUUCCAAGAAUUGAGAAUAUUGUGAUUCAUGGGCAAUUUUGGAGAAUCAAACUAGUUGGAUUUGCAAAAAAUGGUGAUAUGAUUUUUUUUGAACGGCCAAAAAAAAGUAGCGAUCUGAUAUUAAUGCUGGACCUUAUGGAAACUGGUAAUGGAAAGUUACUUUUGUACGAUCCAAAGAGCCAAGAAACUAAGAAUCUUCUGGCUUUUGAUCAGGUUCGACAUCCACAUCAAAUUUGUUUGUACACGGAGACCCUGGUUCCAUUAUACUAACGAAAACAAUGAAGACAAAAAUGCCAGUGAGAGACUCAGGUAUCGGUCUUGCUUUUAAAUAGUUUCUUUGUUUACAAUGAAGAAUAUUCCUUUUCAACAAGAUCUGCAUCCGUAUUUAUAUUUAAAUGUACGUGGACACCCUACUUCCGGUCAAGAGAAACAAUGAAUCUUGAGAACCACUGAACAUAUGGGUAACGAGAAGAAAAAGAAACAGCGACCGCAGCAUUGAACAUGAGGAGCCUGAUAGGUGAGUGUUUUGAAUGCUUUCUCUGUUCAUAUUUAUUUGCAUUAGUUUAACUCUGCCUCAAAACAGUGGGUUCUGUAACCUAGUUUAAAGUUCUCUAUUGUAACUACGUUGACAUGUUUGUUUAUGAGCAACAAAAUUGUUUGUUCCAAGUGGAUGUGUACUCUGCAUGAGAUGGAAUGAAUUAAUUUUCU